GCCCUCGCCAGCAUGGCAGCGCCCAGUUGGGGCGGGUUUGUUCGCCUCGCGGUUUGGCCGGGGCUGGGGUCUGGGCUUUAGGCCGCAGUACAUUUAGUUUCACAAUGUUUGGGGACCUCUUUGAAGAGGAUUAUUCCAGUGUGUCCAAUAAUCAGUAUGGAAAAGGGAAGAAAUUAAAGACUAAAGCAUUGGAGCCACCUGCUCCCAGAGAGUUCACCAAUUUGAGCGGAAUCAGGAAUCAGGGUGGAACUUGUUACCUCAAUUCGCUUCUGCAGACUCUGCAUUUCACACCUGAAUUCAGAGAAGCCUUGUUUUCUCUUGGUCCAGAAGAGCUUGGUUCCUUAGAGGAUAAGGAUAAACCUGACGCAAAGGUUCGAGUUAUACCUUUACAGUUACAGCGCCUGUUUGCUCAGCUUCUGCUCCUGGACCAGGAAGCUGCAUCCACAGAAGAUCUCACUGACAGCUUUGGGUGGACCAGCAAUGAGGAAAUGAGGCAACAUGAUGUACAGGAACUAAAUCGAAUUCUCUUCAGUGCUUUGGAAACUUCUUUAGUGGGGACGUCCGGCCAUGACCUCAUCAAUCGUCUGUAUCACGGAACUGUUGUUAACCAGAUUGUUUGUAAAGAAUGUAAGAACACCAGUGAGAAGCAGGAAGACUUCUUAGACCUAACAGUAGCCGUCAAAAAUGUGUCUGGUUUGGAAGACGCACUCUGGAACAUGUAUGUAGAAGAGGAAGUGUUUGACUGUGAUAACUUGUACUACUGUGAAACUUGUGACAAACUGGUUAAAGCAACAAAGUCGGCCAAAUUGCGUAAGCUGCCUCCCUUUCUUACUGUUUCAUUACUAAGAUUUAAUUUUGAUUUUGUGAAGUGUGAACGCUACAAAGAAACUAGCCCUUACACGUUUCCUCUACGGAUCAAUCUCAAGCCAUUUUGUGAACAGAGUGAGUUGGAUGACUUAGAAUAUAUAUAUGACCUCUUCUCAGUUAUUAUACACAAAGGUGGCUGCUAUGGAGGACAUUAUCACGUAUAUAUUAAAGAUAUUGAUCAUUUGGGAAACUGGCAAUUUCAGGAGGAAAAAAGUAAACCAGACGUGAAUUUGAAAGAUCUUAAGAAUGAAGAAGAGAUUGAUGAUCCAUUGAUGAUUCUAAAGGCAAUCUUAUUACAGGAGAAGAAUAACCUAAUUCCUGUUGACCAGUUGGGCCAGAAACUCAUGAAAAAGAUAGGAGUAUCUUGGAACAAGAAGUACAGAAAACACCAUGGACCACUGCGGAAGUUCUUACAGCUCCACUCUCAGAUGUUUCUCCUGAGCUCAGAUGAAAGCACAGUCACCCUGCUGAAGAGCCCUCCUCUCCAGGCGGGGCCCGCGUCCCGGAGGCCUGAUCAGCACGUGUUCCAGACGCCCACUGCAGAGGCCCCAGGAUUCCAUGACACUGCUUCCUGCCCCCACUGGUUUGAUAUCAAUGAUUCCAAAGUCCAACCGAUUGAAGAAAAGGAUAUUGAGCAGCAAUUUCAGGGUAAAGAAAGUGCCUACAUGUUGUUUUAUCGGAAAUCCCAGUUACAGAGACCCCCAGAAGCUCAAGCCAAUCCAAGAUACAAGGUUCCAUGUCAUUUGCUUAAUGAAAUGGAUGCAGCAAAUGUCAAACUGCAGAUAAACAGGGCAGAAGACAGUAAUGUUGAGUUGCAUCUCCACCUGGGCCCUCGUUACCGUUUCUUCAAUGGAGCUUUGCACCCGGUAGGAUCUCAGACAGAAAGCGUGUGGGACUUGACUUUUGAUAAGAGAAAAACUCUAGGGGAUCUCCGGCAAUCAGUAUUUCAGCUGUUAGAAUUCUGGGAAGGAGACAUGAUUCUUAGUGUUGCAAAGCUUGUCCCAGCAGGACUUCAUGUUUACCAGACACUGGAUGGAGAUGAGCUGACGCUUAGUGACAAUGCAAUUGCUGAUGGGGAAGACAUCUUUGUAUGGAAUGGAAUGGAGGUUGGUGGAGUCCAGAUCCAAACUGGUGUUGACUGUGAGCCACUUCUUUUAAAUGUUCUUCACGUAAAAACAGGCAGCGGAGGAGAAAAGGGUGGGCAGCUGGUAGACUCUGCACAUGUGUUUCCAUCCAAUGCAGAGGUGGCCAGUGUGUUCGCAGCCUUGGCAAUCCCGGGCGAUGUUAUCUUCAUAGACAGGGCUGAAGCUGCAGGUGAAGAGCGCUGGAGUGCCGUCCCCAGGGAAGACAUGAAAAGGACGUUCCGAGAACUGGGGCUCAGGAACGGAAGCUCGAUUUUAAUUCGGGAUUCCAACGAUGAUGACAGUUUGUUGCCCAAACAAGGGAGAUGGAUCAGUAGAACCAAUGAGAUCAACUGGCUCCAAGUUAAAAAUUUAUGCCAAUCAGAAGCUGAACAGAAAGAAGUUAAAAUAACAGCAACUGUUAAUACAGUGGUGUUUGAUAUUCGAACUAAAGCCAUAAAGGAGUUAAAAUUAAUGGAGGAACUAGUGGAGAACAGCUGUUUGAGACCAGUUGAUAGAAAUGGGAAGCUGCUUUGUCCAGUGCCAGACAGUUACACUUUGAAGGCAGCAGAAUUGAAGUUGGGAAGCUCUCUGGGCCUGUGUCUUGGGAAAGCACCAACCCCCUCUCAGCUGUUCCUGUUUUUCGCUGUGGGGAGUGACAUUCAGCCUGGAACAGAGAUGGAGAUCCUAGUGGAAGAAACAGUAUCUGUGAGUGAUUGUUUAAAAUUAAUGCUAGAGAAAUCUGGUCUACCGGGAGAAACGUGGCAUUUACGAAAAAUGGAUUGGUGCUAUGAAGCUGGGGAGCCUUUAUGUGCAGAGGAUGCAACACUGAAAGAGCUUAUGAUAUGUUCUGGAGAUACUUUGCUCUUAGUUGAAGGAAAACUUCCCCCUCCGGGAUUCUUGAAGGUGCCAAUCUGGUGGUACCAGCUGUGGGAGCCCUCAGGACAGUGGAAGAGUCAUCAAAAUGGUUCCAGUUAUACCCCUUCUCGAGGUGAGGGCUGGGGAGCUGCUUCCACCCAAGGUGCUCCUGGAAAGAUGCCUGUGGAAGUUUCUCUCCUCUACGUGGGAGACAUAGAGAUCUCAGAAGACGCCACAUUGGUGGAUCUCAAGUCUCAGGCCAUGGCCUUGCCCCCAUUCUCAGACUUCGUUGUUCCGUCCCCAGCCUUCCUCAGAGCCUGGACAGUGGAGAGUAAGCGCCCAGGCAGGCUUCUGCGAACCAACCAGCAGCAGCUCAAAGACUAUAAACUAGGACGGAGAACUGAGGUCUGCUUAGAGCCCCUUCAGAAAGAAGAGAACUUGGGCCCCCAGGACGUGCUACUCAGGACGCAGAUGCGCAUCCCUGCAGAGAGGGCCUAUGCCCCGGCCCUGGACGUGGUGUGGGACACUGCCCGAGGCUGGACUGCCUGCUCCCUGAGGCAGAGAGUGGCCAGUUUCUAUUCUCUUCCUGUGGAGAAAAUUGAAAUUGCCAAGUACUUCCCUGAGAAGUUUGAAUGGCUCCCGAUAUCUAGCUGGAAUCAGCAAGUUACCAAGAGGAAAAAGAAGAAAAAGCAGGACAAUCUGCAGGGGCCGCCAUAUUACUUGAAAGAUGGAGAUACUAUUGGCGUUAAGAAUCUCCUUGCCGACGACGACGAGGACUUCAGCACCAUCAGAGAUGACACUGGAAAAGAAAAGCAGAAACAGCUCGCCCUGGGGAGAAAGAGAAGCCAAGAAGCCCUCCGUGUGCACAGCAGCAGUGCAGAGGGGCCCGCCCGGUCCCGAGGACCCGAAGCGUCUCUCUCCAUCCACGUGGGCAGUUUCCAGUAGCACCAGGCUCCGUGCUCCUGGGAACCCUGUCCAGUGACGCUGGGAAAGCUGCCUUGUUCUGUCCUGAUUGACAAGGUGGCAGCCUACGUAGCCUCAGAUCCAUCGGAUGAGCAAAGGGACAUCUCCCCUAGGAUGGGCAGGCGGGCCCGGUCGCCUUGUCCUGCCACGGGGCUGGCACAGGUCCUGCCAUACAGGUGCCAACGCACGCCAAGCUCACGCCGUACCUGCUCCAGCGGCCUUCCCUAGAGCUCUGUGGAUGUGGGUUCUGUCACCACCACCACCACCCCUUCCUAGUCCUGUCCCGAGACUCCCAGGCCUCUGCAGGGACAGGAGGGGCGCUCUUGACUUCCACCUUGGUCCCGCCCCUCCCUCACUGGCUGGCACCACCCUGGAGUGUGGGAGCCAGGGCCCUCAAGACACGCGUGUCCCCGUCCGAGGGCAGAGGGCUCUCCUGGGUGGGCUCAAAGCAAAGUGGACGUGGAGAAGAAACUGCAAGUGGAGCUCACGGCUGACCCCUCAGCGUGGACUAUACUGGAACACGGGACUGAGCGCCCGUGUCAAAGCUGUGGGCCCCCGGGACCUGUGCUCCCAAGACCUACCGCAUCCUUGUGAAGUGUAGCGCCCAUGCCCACCUCCCGGUGGACGGUGGUCAGCUCCUGCUCAGCCCUCCUCCUGCGGGUUUCUGCCCGAGCCUCCGGAGCCCAGCGUGGGAGCUGCAGGCUGUGGCUCUGUGGACAGCUUUGAAACCCCGUCCGAGCUCUGCUGAAGCCCAGCCUCCUGCGUGCCAGCACUCGCUCAUUUCUUGUGCUUUAACUGACACGCCCCACCCAGAGGUGAACCAUGUGAACCCCGGGACGAGGCCAGCCGACCCAGCAGGUGUGUCAGUGCUGUCCAGCAGGGGGCGCCCACCUGCCCACAGCAGGGCCCUGGGAAGGCUGUGCUCCUGUGCUGGCCUGGUUGGUUGGUUUGGGGCCAGAGUAAAAUACACAGGGAGAAAGCGGAGAUUUUGUUAAAAAAAAAAAUUAAAAAUAAAA